UCGUUGGACGUCGCAUUAUGCUCUGUAAUUAACCAUUACUUAAUGGUAGUUUUCCAAUUACAGAGCAUAAUGCGACUCUGUGACGCACAAUGCUGAAUUAUGCUGAAGCUUAGUUGAGCAUUAUGCCGCAUAAUGCGCUCUUGUGCUGUAAUUGGAAAACGGCCAAUACUUCAACAAAAAAAUGUCAGUGAAGACGACCUUUAAUCAUAAGUGUUUAUCCUACGCAUUUAAUGUCAACUGUCAAAGUCGAAAUGUAAUUUAAUGAAUCGCCAGUGUUUUGAUUUCUUGUAUUGUUUAAAACAUCCUUAAGCGUGAAGUGUAUUGUAUUACCUAUGAAAACGUUUUUUAAUUAAUUACGAUUAAUUUCAUGUUAGGAGAUACAAAUAUUAUCCUGUAUCUUAAAUAAAGAGUUAUUGGUUUUGGAAAUGGCAACUGCAAUAAGAACUUACUUAAAGGCAAAGAAGAAUAUCCUAUCUUGUAAUGCUAAUACGAAGGCUUCUGGUAUUAGCUCGACAUUCCGCAGGAGUUUUAGUGAUGACAAGAACAGAAGUAAUCCACAAUUUAGCAAUUCUACUAUUAUGGUAGAGCACGGAUAUAAUGUACAGGAACUCCCAGUGCUUGUGAGAACAUUAACAGACUUAUCAGAAAUUUAUGACAAGCCUAUUGUAGACACAGAGCCCUCAAGAAUCUCUAACGAUUCCCAAAAUUAUAAUUUAAUAAAAUCAGAGUUCAGUCAAUGCUUAGAUCUAAGAGAUGUAUUUACAUUACUAUCCAAAUGUACAAAAAUAACACCGAGCAUUGCAUUAGGUGCUAUUGAAAGAAUUUAUACAUUAGAAAAAAAUCCAACUCAAAAUGUUCAUGUUAACUUAGCUAAAGGUGCUAUACUUGACAAAUUACUAAAAGUUGUAACAAAAACGAAGGAUACACAGACCAUCAUAAACAUACUCAACACAACAUCCACUUUUAUGGAACCUUACAAACCAAAGUUUUCUGAAGAGAUCAUGUUAAGAGUUCUUGAAAAUAUGCUUUCAGUGGAACAAAUAUGUGAAUUUUUAAAAUUUCUCAUAUUAAAAAGAGGUGACCAACAAUAUUCAGAAAUCAUUGACAAACUAUGGAUUGGUUUUGUUCAACGGGAAGCAGAUAUCAACGAAACAAAUAUAUCAAAGUUGUUUUCCGUUCUCCCUGGUUUUAAAGCAAGUAAAAGAACUGUACUGAACUUAUCAGAGCAGAAGCUGUCUGAAUAUUGGAAUAAAAUUACGGUUUCAGUAAUGCAACAAAUUCUGGAUGUGUUCAUUCAAGAGAAAUAUUUGUCUGUACAGUCAUUUGCUGUGAUUGGCAGGUGGCUUCACACAAACAUUCAUGCCUUAAAUGAUGAUGAAAUGUUAGACAUUAUAUCAAAAUUGACACAGCUCAAGUAUACAGAUGAUCAAAUUGAAAUUGCUGUAGAAAAAUACAUCAAACUUAAAGGCAACAAAAUAAAUAUGCAUGUUUUAAUUGUUGGUAUUUUGAAUUAUUGUAUGCAAUUUCAUAUAAGGAAUGAUGAAAUUCUCAACGCAUGUAGUAAACAUUUUUUCAAUCAAGGCAGCACCAUACCAGCGGGCUUUUUGAGAUCUGUUUUAUAUCCAUUUGGAUAUUUUAACUUUAAACCACUUCAUGAGCAGUUUUGGUCUUUUGCUGAGGAUGUUGUUCUUCAAAAUCUAAAUAAGAUGACUUCUGAUGACAUAUGCUCCAUAAUACUAUCUUUCAUUUAUGUUAGUCAAUAUCCACUGAAGCUAACAAAAAGGAUUUUUAGUUCUGAGUAUUUAAUUAAUGUCAAAAGCUCAGACACUUUGAAGAAACUUCACUUAAUCGAUACUGCACUGUCUAUAGAAUGUCCAAAUUAUUUGGGACCUUUAAUGCCUAAGGACCAGUAUCUUCAGCCAAUAUCACAGGACUUUAGGGUUAAGAAUUUAAUAAACAAAAUAUUAGUUGAUAUUGAAUGGGUAGCAGGUGGUAAACAGAAUGUAUCAACCUCCAUACUUGUCCCGCACUUUUGCUCAGAUCAAACAUAUUUAAUAGAUAUUAUGUUACAUCCCCCCGGUUUGAAUUGCAGUAAGUCUGAUUGGUUAUCUAAGUAUGAUAAAGAUAAAACAAGAGCAAUACUCAUACAUCUCCCUGAUGACUUUUGUACUGAUAAUAAAAACCUCAUUGGUCCACAGCUCAUGAGGAGGAAACAUUUACAAAUUAUAGGUUUGAAUGUAACCAGUCUCAGUUAUUCAUUGCUUAGUCAAUUUUAUACUUCCCACAAUUCAAAUGGACUAAGAGAUUACAUUAAAAAUAGUUUAGGAGAUGCUGAUUAAUUUUUCAUGUGCCCAUCAGGUGGUGAAUGUGAUAAAUGAAUUUUUUCUCCUACCUACGCCGAAAGUUCGGUUCUCCUCCCGCUGUACAGGGAAGAAAGUGUAACUUUCUCUCCCUGAGUACUGACAAGUGCGCAUGCGCGUUAGUGUCUACGUCUGCUCUCACCCACCUAAAAUUCUCCGCCAUUGUUGUGCACGGGUAAUUUGCAAUAUUGUGUUUAGUGUAAAAGUGAAAUAAAAAAAACGCAAUAAAAUUUAAUAGUGAAGUAUUAAAAAAAGAUGAGUUCAUCAGACAGUUCUUAUUCAAUUAGUAGUAGUUUAUUUAAAAAGUAAAAAACAGUUACAUUGUUUUUUUAUGAGUACGGGGGGCUCCGCCCCCCCUACCCCCGGCCAGGGCUUCGCCCUUGACCCCGAUUCGGUACUCACCGAACUUUCGGCCUGGUAGGAGAAAAAAUUGUAUAUGCACAGCGGGAGAAAAGUUGGAUAUUUCCAGCGUGUUUACACGCGGGAGGAAAUGUCCAAUUUUUCUCCCUUGGUGCACAAUGUACUAUUCAGCGUUAGAAAAAAAAAGAGGAUUUGUUUGAUUAUUGUAAAAACUGUAUUUUUUCGGGUUUAUCGAUUUUUUAUACCUAUUCAUUUGGGUUAUUAUAAAAUAAAAUAGGUAUUGUAAUAUUUUAGGGACUUUAUACAUGUGGAACUACUUCAUAAAACUUAUUGAUUUGAAAGGGAGGCCUGUAAAAACGAGAAACAUCAAAAAUAUUAUUUUUUAAUAGAUUUGUUUGUGGGCAUAACAAUAUAAUAGCAAAGUCAAAGAAUUGGAGACUGAUAUAAUUUUGUUUUAUACAUUUGUAUAAAACAAAAGUAACUGUUUUACCCAAUGCUUUGUUUUAAAAUGCCCAUUAGUCUUCAUUGGAAGACGCACAUUUGGACUAUUAAAUCAUUACACAAGUGUAAUUUUUACCACUAAUUCUAUCCAAGAUAAGGUAAUGUCGAAAGUUUUACAAUAUGAAUUUUCUCUGCAACGUUUUAGAACAGAUGUUCCACCAUAGGUUUAAAAAUAAGUACCUAUAUGAUUAAUAUUGUUAAGGAUAAAUUAUUUUUCUAGUCUAGUGUAAUAUUGAUUUUUGUAUAAGUGUUUAUCAUGUAGGCCUAUCAAAAUUGUUUGUUGUAAGAAGAAAGGUGAAAAUAAAAGUCGUUAAUUAUUUUA